AGCGCUGUUUGUGAAUGACGUCAAUGCUGGGGCGCAAGAUGGCGGCGUUUGGUCUGUGAGCGCUCGUCCGACACCGGAACCGAGCGAACAUACGGAGUCUGUAGAUGCUGUGAGCGAGUUCUGAGAAGCGAAUAAACCGACAGAGACACGCGACAUCGCGCCCGGAGCCGCGUGAGGAUGGACGCCUCAGAGUUCAUGGACACUAUGGACCCGAGCUUAUCCGAACUGGGCGAUGAGUUCACACUGGGAGACAUCGACGAGAUGCUGCAGUUCGUCAGUAAUCAGGUGGAUUUCCCGGAUCUCUUCGAGGAUCAGAUGGGUGGCGGAUCUGUGGCCCCCGUGAGGCCCGUCCCACAGACGGCCCCCAGCGCCAUACUGACCCCCCCUCACACACCUGUACAGGCCAGCAGCCAGACGCAGACGCAGACACAGACACAGACGCAAACGCACACACAGAUACAGACGCAGAUACAGACGCAGACACGCACACCGCCGCUGCUGCAGCCACGACCACAGCCAAUCACACAGGUGCAGACGUUCCCCAUGCAGACGCUGGCUGUGCAGACGCAGGCGCAGCCGCAGACGGUGAUGAUCACGCCAACCGCCACGCCGUCCCGAUUCAUCCAGAACCAGGUGAUCUGCCAGCAGAACCACGGCACGGGUUUCCAGGUCCUACAGCCGCAGAUGCAGAGCAUUGUGACAUCACCGCAGGUCCAGCCAAUGACGAUCCAGCACCAGCGUGUGCUGACUCCGGCCGGUCAGACCAUCCAGACGCUGUCAACGACGCCCAUGCACACCAUGUCUCAACAAGUGCCUUUGUUGGUGCACCAGCCUCAGAUCCUGAAGACGGACUCUCUGGUUCUGACCACACUGAAACCGGACGGGACACAGGUUCUGUCGACCGUACAGAACCCGACGGGCAUCACGACCCUCACUGCGCCCAUCCAGACCACCGCACUGCAGGUUCCUAUGGCCGACGGCCACUCAGAAAUGUCAAGUUGUUCCGGAAUAUCCAUCCAUUCCUUCUAUCCUAGGAGACUCUUGCAGACACUGAUGAGCAGCAACAUUCUGACCACUGUUCCCAUGGUGAUGGGAGGUGGAGACAAGCUGCCAAUCAAGCAGCUGUCAUCGGGCACCACCCACAAUGGGGGUGGAGCCAGGGUGUCCAUGGAUCAGAGUAUGGCUGUUACCACGGGACCGGGAGGAGUCGUGAAAGAGGGGGAGCGACGCACAACACACAACAUCAUCGAGAAGCGCUACCGCUCGUCCAUCAACGACAAGAUCCUGGAGCUGCGCGACCUCGUCAUGGGCAGCGACGCCAAGAUGCACAAGUCUGGUGUUCUGCGCAAAGCCAUCGACUACAUAAAAUACCUGCAGCAGGUGAACCAUAAGCUCCGGCAGGAGAACCUGGCGCUGAAGAUGGCCAGCCAGAAGAACAAGUCGGUGUGCGUGUCUGAUGAUCUGGAUCUGAAGCCCGAGUCGGCCUUCAUCUCUCCUCCUCCGUCUGACUCCGGCUCCAGUUCUCCCGCUCAGCUCUCGCCCUUCUGCAUCGACUCUGAGCCGGGCAGCCCGCUGCUGGAGCACGAGCAGGUGAAGAGCGAGCCGGACUCGCCCUCGUCAGUCGGUGUGAUGGACCGCUCGCGUCUGCUGCUCUGCGCGCUCACCUUCCUGUGCCUGUCGCUCAACCCUCUGCCGUCUCUGCUGGGCGCCGAGGAGGACGGGACGGGUCUGAGCGCCGCUCACGGAUCCUCACGCUCACUCUUCUCUCUGCCCGGACAGACGCAGAGCUUCGGGGCAUGGCUGUGGUGCGUGCUGCCGUGGUUUCUGGUAUGGCUGCUGAGUGGGGUGGGCGUCGUCUGGGGGUGUGUCCGAGUGCUGUACCUGUGGGAGCCGGUCACGCCCCUUCACUCGCCCACGUCGGUGCGCUUCUGGAGACACCGCAAACAGGCCGACCUGCAGCUCUACCGGGGCGAUUACGCGGCCGCUGUGGCGAGUCUGCAGACGUGUCUGUCCAUCUUAUCCAGAGUCCUGCCCUCCUCUACCCUCGACAUCAUCUGCUCCCUCUCCUGGAACCUGAUUCGCUACUGCCUGCGGAGACCCGCCCCACUUGGCUGGCUGGUGCGUCAGUUUGGAGGACGGCACGAGGGGGAGGAGUCACAGACCAGCUCCCGGGACGCAGCGCUGGUGUAUCACAAACUCAGCCAGCUGCAGCUCACAGGUAAGAUGGAGCAGCGUCCACUGUGGGGCGUGUGUGUGUCUCUGAGUGCUGUCAAUCUGACUGAAAGUGCCGAGGGGAAGAUGUCUGUCAGUCAGCAGAUCCAGAUCUAUGUGACGGCCGCCAUCAGCCUGAGAGCAGCGCUGGGGAAACAUCUCAGCUGUCUGCCUGGUUAUUUGUUAAGCUGUGCCGAGGCUCUGGCCUGUCAGUCAGACUCUAAGCCCCUCCCAUCAGACUCUAAGCUCCUCCCAGACUGCCUGCGCUGGAUCUUCACGCCGUUGGGACGUCAGUUUUUCCUGAGCUGUGAUUGGUCGGUGAGGUCGGAGAGCAGCGAGCAGGUUUUCACCUCUCAGAGAGAUGAAGCGGAUCCCAUCGCUCAGCUGCACCGCUGCUUCUGUGAGAAACUCCUGGAGAGAGCCGUUCACACGCUGAUCGAGCCGCAGAGCAGCAAACACGCCGAGGACGCUGGGGAGUUCACUGGUGUCUUGGAGUUCCUGCAGCUGUUGAACAGCUGUACUGAAGACUCCGCCCCCUCGACCGCCCCUUUCCCUGCUCUGGCCAAUCAGAACUCAACACCAGUGAGGGACCCCGUGUGCCGCUGGUGGGCGUCGGUCCUGAAGGCUGCGGUUCAUUGGCUGCAGGGUGAUGAUGCGUCGGUGAGGUCACUGCUGGCGGAGGCGGAGCGGAUGCCACGAGCGCUUCACACGCUAGAUCACCCGCUGCCCAAGGCUGUGCUGGCGCUGUGUAAGGCCGUGCAGAUGAGCGUGUGUCCGCAGAAGGGCGAGGGAGUCGUGAGCUGCCUCAGUCACUGUCAGCGCGCCAGUGCGCACCUGCACAUCAGUGUGUGUCAGUCGCACAACAACACCUGGCUGCACAAGGGGGUGGAGCUUCUGGUCUGUGACCUCCUCCUGACUCUGAGAACCAGCCUGUGGCAGCGUGGGGGCGGGUCUAACGGAGAGCCUGGCCCCGCCCCUGGAUCCCAACUGGCCGGAUUCCAAAGGGACCUGAGCUCUUUGAGGAAGCUCGGACAAGCCCACAGACAGGCCCAGCACAAGCUGUUCCUGCACGAGACGACGGUCAGGCUGAUGGCAGGAGCCAGUCCCACACGCACACACCAGCUGCUGCGACACAGAACACACAACUACACAACAGCAGCAGACGGAGGCGAGCGUGAGAGAGCUCAUGCCAUCCUGCUGGCGUGUCGUCACCUGCCGCUGCCGCUGCUGACGCCGCCGGGUCAUCGAGCACGACUGCUGGCCGAAGCCAAGCGCACGCUGGAGAGAGUCGGGGACCGGCGCUCGCUGCAGGACUGCCAGCAGAUACUACUGCGCCUGGGAGGAGGGACCACCAUCGCCGCGUCAUAACACACACACACUGACACACACACACUGACACACACACACACACACACACACACACACACACACACACACACACACACACACACACACUGAUCGGAGGAAUCUCAUGUCUGGCUCAUAUUCAGCCCCAGAUACCAAUCAGUUAUAUUUAGUUUAAACAGAGAGUUUAGUAGUAAAUGUGCUUGGAACAUGACAGAAUCAUGAGAUUCACACGUGUACAGAUUCAUGAAGAGAAACUGCAUAUAAUGAGCAGAAACACACACACACACACAAUCUUCUUGAGCUGUAUGUUAGUGAUGAUCCUGUUAAUAUUAGAUGUAUAUUAGUUUCACAUACACACGGUUCAGUCAGUGUCUGAUCUAGUAAAUAAACGGUUCAUCUUUCUGCAGCUACCUCACACACACACACACACACACACACACACACUGUACAGAACUGUGUCUUAUAGACCAAAGUCUUAUAGAGCGCUAGUGUGAGACAUACAUGGAGGGUUUUAUAUAAUUAUUUCACAUGACGACUUUAAUGCUUCAUCAUGUGUAAUUACUUCAUAUUUAGUUUGAUGUGUUUUUGUUAUUUUGCUUCAGUAGUUUAUCUUUAUUAUUUUAUAUAUUUGGAAACGUGACAGCGGGACUUUUAUUAUGACGACACGUGAUGAUGAUGAUGAUGAUGAAUGAGGUCACACUCAUGCAUCAGAUCCACGACAGAAGUGAGCUGUAAAUAGAGGAAAAAAAGAAUAUAAAAGGAAGCGUGUGUGUUAUUUAGUGUUUUAAUAAUUUAAUCUAAAGGUUGUGUUUUAAUAUACUAUAAUAACUCUCUCCGCAGCUCCAUCACAUUCUCUCGUUCAGCUUCACUCUUUCUUUCACGUGUUUGUCUGAAUUUCUACGUCUUUUGAAUUUUUUUUUUUUUUUUUUGUAAUAAAACUGCAGAUGCCGUUGAAGAAC